AUGACUCAAACUUGUUUAAAAAAUUUAACUGUAAUCUUAUUUUUUCACGAGAUUCUACAGAAUAAACAGAUACUCUCAAUUCAUAGUACGUGUAGUUAUAGAAGUUUAACAAGUGACUUUAACAAGACUUCUACAUUAGGAAAAAGCUUUUGCUUUCCAGAAUCAUUUUGGAGAGUGAUCACCUUCCAAUGGAAUAUAUUUGGAUUACCAGAAAAGUCAUCACUAAUGGAAUUUGGAUAUACAGGAGGUUUGUUUUCUCAUUUUCCUGCAACUCUUUUGAUUUUUUUUCAACUAAAAGUACUAUAA